UCACCCUCCAGUUAGCAGUCAAUGAAGAGGAAGAUAGCCUUUAACCCAACAAGGAAAAAGUCAUUACAAAUAAAAUAUUUAGAUUAGUCAAUCACACGCCAACAUCAACCCUUUUUCACAGAGAGUAAUUGUAUUGAAUAAUUUGAGUCAAGAUGAACGAUUUAAUCUCGAGUUCGUUCAGGAAAUACACGGACCUGAAACAACAGGCGUACAUGGAUGAUGUGGAAGCCGGAACCGAAACCGUUAACCUCGACAAAUUCUUUGAGGACGUCGAGAAUGUUAAAGAAGACAUGAAAGCCGUGGAGGGGCUGUACAAAGCAUUACAACAAGCCAACGAGGAAUGCAAGACGACGCACAAUGCCAAAACCAUGAAGCAGCUACGUGCCCGAAUGGACUCCGACGUCGAACAGGUUCUCAAGAGAGUUAAAGUCAUUAAAGGAAAGCUCGAAGCUCUUGAGAAAUCCAACGCCGCCGCCCGUAAUGUUCUGGGUUGUGGACCCGGAUCGUCCUCCGACAGGACCCGGACCUCGGUCGUUAGCGGGUUGGGUAAGAAACUGAAGACAAUGAUGGAUGAGUUCCAAGGCUUUAGAGCUAGGAUGCAAGCGGAGUACAAAGAAACCGUCGAACGUCGCUAUUUCACCAUCACCGGGCAAAAACCCGACGAAGAGACGAUCGAGAAUUUGAUAUCGAGCGGCGAAAGCGAGAGCUUCCUCCAAAGGGCGAUCCAAGAACAAGGGAGGGGUCAAAUCUUGGACACCAUCUCCGAGAUUCAAGAGCGACACGACGCCGUUAAAGAGAUCGAAAAGAAUUUGCUCGAGCUUCAUCAGAUAUUCCUGGACAUGGCGGCGCUCGUCGAAGCUCAGGGUCAUCAGUUGAACGACAUCGAAAGCAACGUGGCACAUGCCAGCUCCUUCGUGAGACGAGGGACGGAGCAGCUUCAAGAAGCGAGGGAACAGCAAAAGAGCUCCAGGAAAUGGGCGUGUAUAGCGGUCAUUGCUGCCAUAAUUUUGAUCAUCGUUAUCCUUUUGCCCCUGCUGCCGACGAUUAUAACUUUGCUCAAGAAGCAUUAG